AUGAACUCGCAAGGCGGCGGGCCUUAUGGCCAGAACGGGGGCUACUACUCCCAGCAACCGCCCCAACAGCCAUACGGCGGCGGGCAGCAGCAGUACUACCAGAAUUACCAGCCUCCGCCCUCAUACGGCCAGCCAAACUAUUAUCAGAACGGCCAGCAAGGACCGACACCCCCAGCGCCUGCUCAGGCCCAGCAUGAUGGUGGUGCCUACGGCUACGACUCCAACGAGAAACAGUCUUUCGACCAGGCCUUCCGUGUGGAGCGGCCCAAAUGGAAUGACUUGUGGGCGGGCAUUUUGUUCUUGAUCUUUGUUGCCGGCUUUGUCGCCGUGUCCGGAAUAUCUAUCUCGGGCUACUCCUCGACCAAGAAGAACAACGGCAAUGGCAUCUAUGAUGGCAAAAACGACUUUGGUCUUUCGACCAACACCAUCAUCCUCUUCGUCUUUUGCCUCUGCAUCGCCCUCGUCUUCAGCUACGUCUACAUGUGGCUGGCUCGGGCCUUUACCAAGCAGUUCAUCUGGAUCACUGGAAUUCUCAACAUUGUCUUUGGGCUGGCCAGCGCCAUCUACAUGCUCUACCGCAAGUACUACUCUGGGGGCAUCGUCUUCCUGAUCUUCUCGCUGUUCCUUGUCAUAGCUUUCAUAAGCUGGAUUCCCCGGAUCCCAUUCAGCGUGUUAAUGCUCCAGACCGCCAUUGACGUCGCCAAGCAGCAUGGACAUGUCUACAUGGUCAGUGCCCUCGGCGGUCUGCUGGCAACUGCAUUCGGGGCUUGGUUCUCGGUGACGCUGGUUGCUGUAUAUGCCAAGUAUGAACCCGGCAAUAACCCGGCGUGCAGCACGACCGCAGGCGGCUGCAGUAGCGCCAAGGUGAUUGGUCUGGUCGUCUUCAUCACCUUCACUGGAUAUUGGAUCUCGGAAUGGCUCAAGAACACGAUUCACACCACAAUCUCGGGCGUUUACGGCUCGUGGUAUUUCUGCUCCAAGAAUUAUCCCAGGGGCGUCACCCGCGGCGCCCUUCGACGCUCCUUGACCUACAGUUUUGGGAGCAUCAGCCUGGGCAGCCUGAUUGUGGCCAUCAUCAACUUCCUCCGCCAGCUGUGCUCGAUGGCUCAGAGGGAAGCUGCUGGGGAUGGCAACAUUGUUUCCUCCAUCCUGUACUGCGUCUUGGGUUGUCUCAUCAGUAUCCUGCAGUGGGCGGUCGAGUUCGUCAAUCGAUAUGCCUUCUCGCACAUUGCGCUGUACGGAAAGUCCUACUUUGCGGCUGCCAAGGACACCUGGAAGAUGAUCAAGGACCGUGGCAUUGAUGCCCUCGUCAACGAGUGCCUGAUUGGGCCCGUCCUCAGCAUGGGUGCGACUUUUGUCGCCUAUGCCUGUGCUUUCAUGGCGUACCUGUACCUGGAGUUCACAAAGCCCGCGUACAACAACCAGGGCAGUUUCACGCCGGUCAUCCUGGCUUUCGCGUUCCUCAUCGGGCUGCAAAUCUGCAAUAUCUUCACAACGCCCCUGAGCUCGGGCAUCGACACGAUCUUUGUGGCUGCAGCGUGGGACCCGCAGGUCCUGAUGCGAGACCACCCGGAUCUGUACGACAGGAUGGUCCAGGUGUAUCCCCAUGUGCAACAGGCCAUCCACGCCUGA